CCUCCCUCUCCCGUUACCCACCCCACUCCCAUCUCCACCCAGCGGGACCUGGAGCGGCUCCUCCGUCAUCUCCUCCCUCUCGUCGUCGGGCGCCUCCUCCCACUACUCCUCCAUUCCCCCGUCCUCCUCCUUCCAUCCCUCCCCCUCCUCCAGCCAGAGCGGAGGGUCCCAAGGCAGUGGUGGUGGAGGAGGAGGGCAGGGAGGAAGGUACCUCACCACCCAGCCGGGCCGCGACGACGGGGCUCUCCUCUGCUUGAACGCGGACGUGGUGAAGCGGCCCAUAUCGGCAACUCUGCGUGAGCCUCCCCCUCCCUUCCUCUCCUCCCCUCAAGCCAGCACUGUCGUGGCUCCAGGGACGCUCCCGCCUGCCUCCUUGUCCUUCGCCACGCCUGCGACGUUGGCCGCAGCCCGUUCCAUGUUGCAAGGCUUCUUGCAGGGGAAGUACCCGCUGUCCUCCACCUGCACCUCUUCCACCUCCUCGGUCGCCUCCACCGGCACCGCGGCGUCCCGCCCCAUCAUUGUCCGCCGCGCCCGCCGGGCCUGUGCUUACUGCCACACGAAAAAAAUAUCCUGCACCUGCACCCGCCCCUGUCGGCGCUGCCAGGACUUGAACCUGGUAUGCUCGGACUACGUUCCCCGACCUCGGCACCUUGGUCGGUCAAAGGGGAGCCGGAGCCCGCCCCAGCCACGAGUGGGCCGGACAGGCGCAGGCUAUGGAGGAUACGCCAGGCAGGAAGGAGAACGGGAGGGAGGUAGGGAAAUAGGGGAGAGGCCCUCACCCCCUCUGGUCAUGCCUGCGGCCAGAGGGGCAGCGCUUUUCCCGGUCCCUGCCACUGCCACGUCCUCUCUACAGUCCUACCCUACACAAUCACCGUGGGAGGUAAAACCACGGGGAGGGCACGAAGAAGGAAGGAGGCAACCGGACCACGGGCGCGGCGGCUUCCCCCGAGGAGCAGCAGGCUCGUCGCUGCCUGGCUUCCAGCAGGCGGCAGCUCCAUUUGCUCCACUUCCCGCCCCACUUUUUUUGCCUUAUUCGGGCUACGGCCAGUCGAGGGUGGCGAACGAGAGCGUCCCUGCCCCUCCCAGUAAUUUGCCCACCCCGGUGGCUCUACGGCGGCAGCAAGAGGAGGUCGUAAAGCAGAUGAUGUGGGCGGAAGGGCGGGAGGUAGGGAGGGAGGUAGGGAGGGAGGUAGAGCCGGCUGUUCCUUCCCUUGCUGGUCUCCCGAGUGCCUUACAGACGGGCAACAGCGGGGAGGUAGGUGAAGGAAGGAAUGAUAUGGCGGGAAGAGAUGAGGAGAGAGGGUGGGAUGCGCACGUGCUGGGGGAGUACGACAUCAACCGUUUUUUCGAGGACAACGAGUAAGAAAAAAUGGAAAUGGAAAAGGAAAAGGGGAAAAUGGAAGGGAGGCGUUCCUGUUUGAGGAUUCCUCAGGCCGGUUCGGGAAAAAGGAGGGAAAGGGGGACAGCGAGGGCCAAGGCCACAAAUGCAAGAAGACGCAUGUCAUUCAUGAUGACAUCUUGAAGCGUCGUGAGAACAUGGACCGCUGGGGGAGGCGCCGCGACGGACGUGGCAGGUUCGAGGAAGGCAGCUUCCAUCGAUACGCGGGGAGGAUAGCGAGCAAGGCGUAGGAACGCUUCAAAUGUCAAGAGAAAUUACAUCCUUUUGUGUACUUUUAUUGAGCUAUAAAAAACUUGAUAGCAUCGAAUGUAAAGCACCGGGGGAAAUAGGCGCGAAAAUUUCAGGUGUCGAGAUAUAUCCGAAGUCUCGGUAUUUUUGAUGUAAGGAGUAUCCAUAUAGUAUAUUCUUAUCAAGCAGAUAUCAAUUAAGAAUUUUGGGGUUAAAAAUUUCAUGAGGAGUGCAGGAGGUCGCGUUGAAAGCGAAGACAGAAAAGCCUAGGAUACUCUUGAGAGAAGACAAGGAAAAUGGGAUCAUGAGUAAAGAAGAAAUCAGCGAAAGUGAGAAAAAUA